AUGGCUUGUUUUUUCAGGACUGUUGACAACGGAAUCAAAUUGUCAUCACUUGUGUCUAUCCCCGAUGUCACUGACGUCCCUGCUAUGAACAAGAUCACGUCCAACGAGCUUAAUCGGCUGGUCACUCACGAGGAUACACCAAAGGCCUCACAACCGAUACUAGGACACUUACUCACCCAAAUCUUCCAGUCUUUCACAAUUCCUCUUCCCGAUGUGUCCAACCUUAAAAUACCUUUUGGAAAAAUCCUUCAUCACAACCAGUGCAUCAAUGAAAAGUUUAGCAGUACAUCACCAGAUACCCUAGUGCCGCUGUAUGACACUGAAGCGAAGACUUGGAACUGGGCUCUUCCAGUUGACCCCCCAGAAAAUGGUAGUACUCCAGCUGGGGUUGACUCGGGGUCAGACUCGGAGGACAACGCCACACAGGAAACAACUCAUGAAGAAAAUUUUGCAGCGUUUCUCAAUGCUUUUGCUAGUUGCUUGUCACGGUCGCGGUCCGAACUUGUAGCAAUGCGCUUUGCAACCGGCACAUGGAGUGCGGCCAAUGCACAGAAGGCAUUGCCUGGCAGCGCCAUCAAGCGCAAGCCAGAUAUUGUCCUAUCUGACGAUAUAUCUGCCAAGUGGGGAAACAUCAGGGUAUCAGCAGAACUCACGCACAGUCGAUACCAGCCUGCGAUGCAACUCGGGAAGGCCGCGGAUACCCAUGCCUAUAUUAUGAUGAGUGAACAGCCCUGGAGGCGCUUCGCUCUCAUAUUAUCAUUCACAAAUAAAUAUCGCCACCUUAGGGUCUUGAUGUAUGACCACUCAGGUGGUGCUGUAUCCCCUCGCUUCGAUAUUUACACGCAACCCAACGCAUUUCUACACAUCAUCGCUGCUAUCAUGUUUGGGAGUUUAGAGUGCGUCGAUAUCCACGGCUAUCGUCCCAUCAGAAAUACUCCUGCCCGACGGAGUAGUACGACAGACCAUGCUGUUACCACAUCGAGCUCUGAUUCUCUUCCAAAUCCUGAUGUAUCAUCCGGCGAAGCUCUUGAAUCGGUCGUCUCCGAUGAUUCUGAUGACUCUGAUGACUCUGAUGAGUCCUCUAGUGAUUCUGCUCACGACUCAACUGAAGAGAGUCCGAGCGCCUUGCAUGACUCGAUGGAUGAAGAGAAUUCCUCCCCCCCUCAACCCACUGCAACCCGCAGCGCUCCCCUUCUUAGCCUCAUAUCGCAAAUACCCCAGGCUGAGAUGACCGAGAGCAUCUAUUCCGUCACCCCUCUCCCUUCCCAAUUCCCUUAUUCUACUCAAUCACCCGAACCUUGCGGCAAGAUUCGUGUAGGGGAGAAAAUCUACACCAUAAAGAGGAUUCUUUUUGCAACCCGAGGCCUCGUUGGUCGCGGAACCGUUUGCUAUUUAGUCACCUUGGACGAUGAAGACUACAUCAUCAAAGAUCAUUGGGUUCUGGGCAAGGACGAUAAUGUAGUCCUGAACGAGAUCAAGAUGCUGGAGUUAAUGGACAACGUCCCUGGCGUUCCAAGGCUGGUGGAUUAUUGGGUUGUUGAGCGGUCAGAUGGUGAGCCCGACAUUACCUGCAAAUAUCGGCACAAGGAACACCGGAGUACCAGAGGCACCAGUCGUACUCAUGAGUUCGUGCGAGCACUAAGAGAUAUUGUUAAGAUCCUACAAACUGCAGUGGAGGAACGUCAGAUUUUGCAUCGGGACUGUAGUCUUAACAACGCGAUGAUCCUAGACGAGCUUGGCAGUAGUGAAGGGUUUCUUAUUGACUGGGAGUUCGCAGUUCGUAUUGCCGCGGAUAACAAAUAUCCCAUCGGUGGUACAGGCACAGUCCCUUUCAUGUCACGUGGGCUACUCAACCAGGUCGCAAUCCUGCAGCAACAGGCGAACUCGGAAUCAAUGAAGAAGAAAACUCGGGCACAUAAAUCAACGAAAAAACCGACAACCCCGAAAUCAUCAUCGGAUUCUUUGGCUCUGCCAAUAUCAUUUGUCGUUCACAGAUUUGCGGAUGACUUGGAGUCUCUUUUUUUUAUAUUCGCUUGGGUUUGCAUCAAGUUCAGUGGUCCCAAUGGCAUGGUGCGCCAGGGGCCCUUACCCAAUUCCUUGCUGGAUCGAUGGACAAGCCUUGACUUGGAAACAUGCGCCGCCUUCAAGAUCACCUUUUUCGCGAAUCCAGCAGAAGAAAAGCGUCUCACUGAUGAAUUUCACCCGUACUUCAGGGACCUCAUCCCCCUCGCAACCGAGUGGCGUAAAGCUCUGGCGGACAACAUGAUUCACCCCGUCACCUUCAGUACCAUUCUUGGUAUACUCAACUCGCAUCUUAACAAGCUUCCCGACGACGAGGAGCUCGCAACUACUGUGAAUAUGCUCAAGAAUGAUGCUGCCGUUCUUGCGGAUCGUUUCAAGGGGAAACGGCUUGCUUCAGAGUCUUUCUCUGUUGUGGAGCCUAAGCGACAGAAGUCCCAUCAUACUGGAGACACUGAGUCUGAUUCAGCAUCGGGCAGUGACGCAUGA